AUGAAUUCAACAAAUCCAGCAAGUGUUUUAGGUUUUGGUACGUGGAAGCAGAUUGCAGAUAAAUUCUUAUACUGUGCUAACUCUUCAAAGCAAACAGGAGGUUCGAAGAAAAUUACUGAAGCAAACUUACCCGCGCACACUCAUACAGGAACGACAAACUUUUCUGGCGACCAUAGCCACUCAUUAAGAGACCACCCAUUAUACAACUCAGAGUAUGAAGCUGGCCAUGACGUUUUAUCUCCAUCUUAUAACAAUGCAGCAAAAAAGAUUUUUCGACCAACUGAACCGGGAGGAAAUCAUGUCCAUACUUUCACAACAAAUCCAACAGGCUCGGGUGAAGAUUAUAUGCCACCAUUUGUGACUGUAUUUGCAUGGUAUAGAGUUCAAUGA